UAUUUUAUUAAAUUUUUAUUUCUGAUAUGGUUAACCUCAUUUUAGAAAGCUUUUAAAAUUCAUGAUACUCUAUUCUGUGAAAACAAGUAGAAUUAAUGUUAUUAAUAGUCAGCCUAUAAAAGUUACCCAUCACUUCAGCGAGGUGGCCCAGUUGAUGCAGAGAUGCAGAUCUUUGUGAGGACCCUCAAAGGCAAGACCAUCACCCUUGAGGUUGAGCCCAGUGACACCAUUAAGAAUGUCAAAGCCAAAAUUCAAGACAAGGAGGGUAUCCCACCUGACCAGCAGCCUCUGAUAUUUGCUGGCAAACAGCUGGAGGAUGGCCACACUCUCUCAGACUGUAGCAUCCAGAAAGAGUCCACCCUGCACCUGGUGCUGCACCUGCGAGGUGCCAUUAUUGAGCCUUCCCUCCACCAGCUCGCCCAGAAAUACAGCUGCCACAAGACGAUCUGCCGCAAGUGCUAUGCUUGGCUGCACUCCUGUGGUGUCAACUGCCGCAAGAGGAAGUGUGGCCACACCAACAACCUGUGCCCAAGAAGAAGGUCAAAUAAACCUCUUCCUUCCUGGAAGGGCAGCCUCCUGCCCAGGCCCCAUGGCCCUGGAGCCUCGAUAAAAUGUCCCUUUGGUUGACUGGAGCAGCAAAAAAAAAAAAAGUUAUCUAUCAUUUUGGUAUCUUAACAUUUAAUUAUAAAUAUCAGUUUUUAAUUUAGAAUUACUAUACUUAUUAGCUGGGUACAGUGGCUCAUGCCUGCAAUCCCAGCACUUUGGGAGGCCAAAGCAGGAGGAUAGCUUGAGUCUGGGAAUUUCAGACCAGCCUGGGCAGCAUGGCAAAACCCUGUCUCUACAAAAAAUACAAAAAGUAGCCAGGCAUGGUGGUGCAUACCUAUAGUCCCAGCUAGUUAGGAGGCUGACGUGGGAGGAUUGCUUGAGCCUGGAAAGUUGAGGCUGCAGUGAUCUGUGUUCAUGCCACUGCACUCCAGCCUGAGUGACAAAGUGAAAUCCUGUCUCAAAAAAAAAAAAAAAAAAAGGAAGAAAAGAAAAGAAAAAAGAAAUCACUAUGCCACUGUGGGAGUUAUGAUCAUCUUUGUUUUUAAAAAUUAUCUACACAGGCAUGGGGCGUAAGUUUUAUUACAGCUUUUCAUGGCAUCUGUGGCUCUAUUUUCCAAAUAAAAUAGAGAAACAAUAUUUUAAGGAAUGUACGGUCUCCUUAGCUUUCUUCUUUGGCCUUUUCCAGGAACUCUUUUGGUUUGCAGUAUUGCUUAACUAAGAAAUGCUAGAAUUCAUAACCCACUGUCUUCAUUUCCUCCAGGUUAUUAGCUUAAUUACCUGAACAAAAAUGGAUUCUUGUAGUACCUAUAAUGACAUUUUCUGCCUACAUAACCUGUUAAUCCAGUUUUGAGUUCCCAUUACGUUUUAAUCAUCAGUAGCAACCCAAAUUAAUUUAUAGUAUAAUCAUUCAAAAAGUUUAGUUUGCAGAUUUUAAAGUUGCAUUUCAUAUCAAUUUUAUGCUGUUUUUAUAUUUAAAUUGCUUUCUAUGUGAGUCAUUCAUGUAAUUUUCAUCCAAACUGAAAUUAACCUUUGCUUUCUUGAAACUACUUUUUCUUUUGAAGAUUGGAUAUUAUAUGAUUACUGGAGUUGCUGAUUGCUAACUACUAAGAGUCAGUGUCUAAAGCACAGUUUCUCACUGGGAUACAUGAAACUACUUUGCAAUAGGCAAUGUAAUUUCUCUGUAAGAGUCAUUGUUGAACAGAUGGUUUUCCAUCCUGUGGGAUUUUAAAUCUUGAAUUCUACAGAGUUUGAUAUUUUGCACAUUACUAGGAGUUUACCAUCAAAGUCAUGGAUUUCAAGUGAUACCUACCUCUGUCUAGCUUUAACAGAAUGUUAAUUUAUGCUUUAUGUUCCAAUUCUUGAAAAAAUUGCUACUUAGAUGAAAUUAGGGUAAUUGACUUUUGGACUGGGCAAAAUUAAACUACAAAGGAUGGCUUAAAAAACUGAGAAAGGAGUAAGUGAGGUUCCCUAUUCAUGUUAUGAGAGUCUUUUUUUGGACUCUUUAGAGCAAGGUGUAGUAGAGUUGAAUAGAAUGGUAAUGAUUAAGUCAGGGUAUUUGGGGUAUCCAUCAUCUUGAAUAUUUAUCAUUUCUCUGUGUUGGGAACCUUUCAAGUCCUAUCUUGUAGUUACAUUGAAACAUACAACACAUUGUUGCUAACUAUAGUCACCCUACUUUACUUUUGAAAAUUAGAACUUGCACCUUCUAUCUAACUGUAUGUUUGUACCCAUUAAGGAACAUUUGUUCAUUUCCUCCUCCCCCACACACAACCUUCUUAUCCUCUGGUAUCUUAUUGUUUUAUUAUCUACCUUCAGGAGAUAAAGUUCAUGAGAUAAACUUUUUUAGCUCCCACAUAUGAUUGAGAAUAUGUGAUACUAGUCUUUCAGUGCCUGGCUUAUUUCACUUAAUAUAAUGACCUCCACUUCAAUCCAUGUUGCUCCAAAAGACAUAAUUUAAUUCUUUGUGAUAGUGAAAUAGUAUUCCAUUUUGUAUAUCUACAUUUUCUUUAUCCAUUCAUCACUUGAUGGACACUUAGGUUGACUCCAUAUCUUUGCUAUUGUGAGUAGUGCUGGAAUAAACAUGAGUGCAGGUGUGUCUUCAACAUACAGAUUUAUUUUCCUUUGGACAGAUACCCAGUAGUGGGAUUGCUAGAUCAUAUGGUAGUUAUAUUUUUAGAUUUUUUUUUAAUCUAUGAUUUUCCAUAGUGGCUAGACCAAUUUACAUUCUACCAACAGUGUAUAAGAGUUCCUUUUCUGGGGCUGGGUGAGGUGGCUCACACCUGUAAUUGCAGCACUUUGGGAGGCCAAGGCAGGCGGAUCACAAGGUUAGGAGAUCAAGACCAGCCUGACUAAUAUGAUGAAACCCCGUCUCUACCAAAAAUACAAAAAUUAGCUAGGUGUGGUGGCAUGCACCUGUAGUCUCAGCUACUCAGGAGGCUGGGACAGGAAAAUCACUUGAACCCAUGAGGUGGAGGUUGCAGUGAGCCAAGAUUGCAUUGGUGCACUCCUGCCUGGACAACAGAGCAAGACUUCAUCUCAAAAAGAGAAGAGAAGA